AUGAAGCUCUCUUUUGCCAUAGCUCUCGCUGCUGGCCUUGCGGCAGGUGCUAGUGCUCUCCCAAGACCAACAGAUGGAUGGAAACGCGACGGUGUGGACCCGAACGUUGAUGGUCCCCUCUACCCCGGUUGGAAGCGAGACGACUCCAAGGGUGACGGCUCUCUCUACCCGGGCUGGAAGAAGCGAGACGACGAUGCCUAG